CGGUGUACUGGUUGUAAAGGGGAAGUUGCAAAGGAUGUUCCAGCUGUUUAUGCUGAACGUGCAGGCUACCAUAGCGCCCUGUGGCAUCCCACCUGUUUCGUAUGCUCAGAGUGUGGCCAGGAAUUGGUGGACCUUGUCUACUUCUGGUCCAAUCAGAAGCUGCUCUGUGGAAGACACUACUGUCAGACGGUCUGGCCACGAUGCUCAGGCUGUGAUGAGUUGAUCUUCUGCAAGUCUUUUCACAAGGCAAAAGAUGGACGGACAUGGCAUCAUCAUCAUUACUGUUGCUGGAAGUGCGGGCAAAACCUGGACACACCCUGUCAGCACUGAGACGCUCACACACAAUAUAGUAUUCAACAAGGUAUCUUGUUCAGUAUUAAGAAGCUUUAGCACUGCUCGAAAACAUGAAUGACAAGGUGCUUAAGAGGCAGUGAAGCAAUAUUGAACAAUAAAUGUCAGACAAGACAAAAAAAUAUACAAAAGAAAUCUAACAUUGGCCGAUAAUUAGAUAGUUUUAUAUGAAAGAAAACAAAUAAUUACCGGAUAAAUAACACAGAUUAAGUAGAGCUUUAAGUGUUUAGUUGAUAUUUAGUAUUCAAAAGACCUACAAAGAAAUAAGUUCCAGCUGAUAUAUUGAUGUUUAAAAUACUUAAGACAUCUAUCUGACACUGAAGCACUCAGAGACUUGUUCACUUAAGUCUACUGGUGUUUCAAGUACUUAAGGAAAUAUUUAGUUGAUACAAAUGUGUUUAAAAUACUUAAAGAUACAUUUAGUUGAUUUAUUAGCACUUAGUCCUGACAGUGACUGGAGCCAGAUGGUUCAGACACAAACAGCAACUUACAGCACGGGAGGACCGUACCUGACAGUUUAGGCAACAAAUGAAUAAAUAAGACAUAUAAGUCAUGUUAAAGGAGAAAUAAAUAUAUAAGUAAACAUACAUUUAAAAAAAAUAAUAAAUGGACAAAGACACUGACAAAUAAAUGUGACAAAAACAUUUCAACUCAAGUUCCACUUACUAGUUGGUCCAAGUGUUUUCAAUCACAUCACACAGUCCUUAUCAGCAGAGGCAGUACACUCAGUCUCAGUUUUCCUGAGCACGGAGACAGAUUUUCUUUCACUUUCUCCUCAGGAUUUAUUUUGUCCUGCACAUCGUAACUAAGACUUUCUCUAUUUUUGGGAAGUGCUGAGUCACUUAAAUGUUCUCCUUAUCAUCAAUUCUGUAUAAUGUAUUUGGAGCUCUCUUCAAUUUAAAUUCUAAUUUACAUAACUUAACAACAGUCGGGAUCAUGGAAUUAAAUUGUAAUUAAAAACCCAAAAGAGUCAAGAAAACUUGUUUUAAUGUUUUAAAGUUGUGUUUCAUACGGUCAUAGUAUAGAAAAAAAACUCUUUUAUUACUCUUUAAUUUUAUUAUUAGAACAAGUGAAAUGAUGUGCUAGUGUAGUGAAUAUGUCAACAUAUUUUUAGUACAAAUCAACUUAUCUUGGAAGACUUAGCUAAAUAUGUAUGAAAAUGAAUUAAUUCUAUUAAUUCUAACAUGAGGUGUAAAAUCUGUGCAGAUAUACUUGUUAACAAAACCUCAGAGAACUGGACAGAUAGAAGGCUGGAAAAGGAUAACUAAUUAGUAAUUAAUAGGACUCUGCUGGAUUGUUUUGUGUUUUCUCUACAGUAGAUUUCAACUCCUUUCAACCCAGUUCAGUCAAACUGCAUAUGCAUUUUGCAUGUAACCUCUUUCAUGAAUAUGGGUCUCUGCCGCUGUAUGCUUUAUGUUUGCUUUACGUUAUAUUAGUUUUGUAUUUUGCUAACAAUUAACAAACAUGUGUCAACCAAAAGGAAAAGUUUUCUGGCUGCAAAGUUUUGCAAUGUGCUAAAACCCCUAAAAAUAAGUUAGCCAGAACAGAAUAGAAACAGAAAUAAAAUCAGUCAGUAGGAUCAAGUUACAUUAAAUCAGCUAAUAUUUGUUUUAUCCUUCAGUUACUUUUUUAAUUAAUUGUUGUUACUGUAGCAAAAUGCUUUUGUUUAGAAACCAGGAUAAUAUUUGACGUGAUUAGGCAAAUAUGUAGCAUAUAGACAACAAUACUGUUGAUACAAGUGUUAUCUGUGAUAGACAAAAUGAUACUGAAGAAUAUAGCAAUAUCAAAUUGAAUAGUGAAAGUAGUUUCUAUCUUUGUGUAUCUCCAGUAUGUGUUUAGCCAGGAGCGUCUCUAUGUUCCCAGUUCAAUAUCCUCCUAAUAUGACACAUUAAGGAGAUAUUUGAAAGGGUGUUGUGUUUUUAGCAAAGGUUCAAGGUAUGAUUUCCUGGGUCAGUAUGUUGAAAUUACCCAACUACAGCUUACAGCCUAUGUUAAACUCAUUGAAACCUUUGACAUAGCACCCUGUGAACGUAGGGAGGAGUCCAUUUAGCCUUUAGCUUAGCACAAAAACUGGAAGUGAAGGGAAAAUGUUAGGUUAGCCCACAGCUCUGUCAAUACUGAAAUAAUACAUGUUUGAAAUGAACACAACAAGAUGAGAUAUUAAUCGUGAUGAUAAGAUGAAGAUUUCUAAAAGUCUGUGAAUGAAGGAUUUGUUAUAAUGUGCCAACGUUUUUUUUUUAAAGAGCACAAACUGGCAGUACGUCAGUAUGAAAAACAUGUUUUAAAUUAAAAGGUUUGAUGCUUUUCAUCAUUCACAAUUCACAAAAAGGAAUUCCCAGUUAAAUACUAUCUGUCAGUACACAGUAGUGACACUAAGUGAGUGAAUGCACAGACGGUAUUUAGUGCUUUGAAGUGCUUUUCUAUUGCAUUGUGGGAUACAUCCGACAACACUAAUUACUGAAUUACAGUGAAAAGUGAAGGCAGCCCAAGUUAUAUUUUACUGUUUAAAUCAGCAGUGAUGGUGUUUUUUUAUAUACAUGAAAGGUUGUAACGUGGUGAUUUAAUCACCUGCAGGGUUUAAUGAUAAUCCCACUCCAGGUUAUGGUUGUUUGUCAUGUUUUGGCAUUUGUUUAUGCAUCAGUGCUUUCGUCAGAGAAAGUAAAGAGUAAAGAGAUGUUUCUGCUGACUGGUUUUGACAGCUGAUUGGUUGGAAUAAAAGUUACUUCUGAUUAGUC